GGUCUCCUCAAGCAAGCAUGGGCUCCAACAAACCUCGCGGUCUUCAAGCAGCUCGUAAGCUCCGCACGGACCGCCGCGUUAACCGCUGGGCGGAUAAGAGCUACAAAAAGCGCGCCCUGGGCAACGUUUACAAGACAUCACCCACUGGUGGUUCGUCCCACGCAAAGGGCAUCGUACUCGAAAAAGUCGGCGUUGAGGCCAAGCAACCCAACUCCGCCAUCCGCAAGUGUGUGCGUGUACAGCUCAUCAAGAACGGCAAGAAGGUUACCGCUUUCGUGCCGAACGAUGGUUGCCUGAACUUCGUCGACGAGAACGAUGAAGUCCUUAUCUCCGGUUUCGGUCGCCGCGGUAAGGCAAAGGGUGAUAUCCCCGGUGUGCGGUUCAAGGUCGUGAAGGUGUCGGGUGUUGGUCUUCUCGCUCUUUGGAAGGAGAAGAAGGAGAAGCCUCGCUCGUAGAGCCCAGUCUCGCUGCAUCCUCUUUCGACUCUUGUAUGCUAUGUUCUGUAUUGCGCCAUGCAACAUCAAUCCACGCAACACGCAUAAACAUUCGGAAUAUCGCGUUCCUGAGAGUGAAGAUCAUCCCAUUCACCACACUUCCAACCCUUGACCUGCACAAGGAAUAAGAAUGAUUGUCGAUAUGAUAAACCACUGAACGUAGAAAUACAUUGUCCU